UCAGGAAUUGGAUUUUGCAGGUCCUGGUUUAAUCCCUCGGUAUCUGUGACUCCCGUGGGUCCCAUGGAUCUCUCCUGCCUGAUUUCUUCUUUCUGCUUUCUUGGUCCUAGGUCCCUUGGUCCCUUGAUUUCUAUACUUCCUAUACUAACCAUUAUUUCAUUUUGAAAAGUUUGUGUACAAUACAGAAUGUAUCUAGUGUGUGACCCCUACAUGAUGAAGACUCUGCAUCAAUCAUUGGCGAAAAACAUCCCAGAAUCCCUGAAGGUAUACGGCUCCAUUUACUUCAUCAUUCAUGGAAAUCCCUUCAAUUUGGAAGUGGUGGUGGACUCCUGGCCAGACUAUCAGACUGUCAUUACUCGGCCUAAGAAAAAGGAAAUGGUUGACAAAUUGGAUCAGUACACAAACACUUACCACAUCUUCACCAAGGACUUUCAUAAAUGCCAGCAAUUUCUAGAAACUCCUGGGAUCAUUGACUGGAACCAAGUCAUUCAGAUUCAAGCUUGCCAGGAGAGCAUAGAUAAAAUCCUAAGAAAGAUUGCGACUUCCAAGUCUCUUCAGAUAGAACAUUUAAGCAAUAUUCUCUUUGUGAAAGAAAAAAUUCUACAACUUAGGACAAAUGAGGGGCAAUCGGCUACAACUGUGCCAGAUACAAAAGUUUUUGAGAGCAAAAAUCUGGACUUCAAAUUUACCUCCCUGAAUGCAUCCCAUGCAAAGCUUGUAAAUGAUAAUUGGUCGAUGGGUCUCAACGAAAAGAGCCUGAAUUAUGUCUUGCAUUGCAUCAAGAACCUUCCAUCUUUUUGCUUGCUGAAUUCUGAGGGGAACCCUAUCAGUUGGUAUGUCUUGGAUCAGACGUGUGAAAUAAGGAUGGGCUUUACCCUUCCCAAAUAUCAAGCAAAAGGCAUAGGGACUUACUUGGGAGCUUGCAUAAUACAGUAUCUUAGAAAAGAAGAGAUUCCAUUUUUCCUACAUACAGAAGAAAAGAAGAAAUACCUUUGGGGGGCCCUGACACGACUUGGUUUCUGUUCUUUUCCUCAUGGAUGGAACCAAUGGAAGUUAACCCCUCCCAAGGAAAAGUUAAUACAGAUUCAUUCGAAUAUUUGAAAUAGAGAUAACUUAUACAGAUGCAUAUGUAAAUAUAAGCUUCAGUUUCAGCCCAGCAUUUAGCACUGUGCCUGGCACAUAGUAGGCACUCA